AUGAAGCAAUACUGGUCUAAAAAUCCUUUAUUACUGACUCCUUUUUUUGCAAAAUGCCUGAGCAAUAAAAGGUUUGAAGCAGUCAUGUCAAAUCUACAUUUUGCUGAUAACGAGACCUUUGACGCUGAGCACCACCCAAACCCAAAGCUAAAUAAGAUAUGGCCGAUAUACGACAAGUUAGUGAAUACAUUUCGAGUUACAGUUACUCCAGAGAAACAUGUGGCAAUUGACGAAAGUAUUUUAUUAUACAAAGGUAGACUUGGCUGGAUCCAAUAUAUUCCUCUGAAGAGGCAUCAAAACAUAUAUGCGGCUAUGUAUGGAAUUUUAUUAUUUAUACGGGGAAACAUAAAUCUGGAGCAAGAGUAUGUUGAUCUUCUAGUUUCAUCGCAGGUAGUUAUGAUGCUGUUCAGGGAUCUGCUAAGUCAGGGCUAUUGUAUUACUAUGGAUAAUUUUUAUAAUUCUCCACAACUAGCGGAUUUAUUGUUGAGCAAGCAAACGGAUGUUUAUGGAACAGUAAAAUUGACACGAAAGGAGGUUCCUAGGGAGCUGAAAGAUAAGAAAUUGAAAAAGGGCGAAGUAUUUGGAUUCCAAAUAGGUAAAGUGUCUCUGAUCAAGUGGAAAGAUAAAAAAGACAUCUCUCUUAUUUCCACUGUUCAUACAAACAAGUGUGUCGAGGUAGAAACACGAAGGGAAAAAAAUCAAACCAAAAGUGGUUGUGGACUAUAA